UCCCCAGAGUCCCAGACCUCACCUUUUCUGAAAUUGCCAAAAGGGACCUGCUCCCCACCUCGUCCCCUUCGGUCGAUUCCCCUUCGCUUCUCUCCCUAGGGUUGGGGUCACCGCCGCCCACCCAGCCCCCGUCUCUCCGGUGGCCGCCGACCCCUGCUUCGCCCCUCAGUCUGCCGCCACCUACUCCGCCCCUCAGUCUGCCGCCACCUACUCCGCCCCUCAGUCUGCCGCCCCCUUCCCACAUCUCUUUAGUGGCAGCAGUCUCCUCCCUCCAUCCCCCCGCCUGUUCAGCAAACCCUACCUCUUGUCCUCGCCGCAGAAAUGUCCGACCGCCGCCGCGACAAAGAGAAGCCUCGCGAGCGCGGCCCCGACCGGGAGCGCGACCGGGACCGUGAAAGGGACCGCGAGGUCGACCGCCAUCGCGACCGGGACCGCGGCCGGGAGAAGGAGAGGGAUCGCGACCGUGAGCGCGACCGGGGCCACCGCCGCGACCGAAAGCGCUCCCGCUCACCUUCGGCUGACCGGGACCGCUCUCGCCGCCGCCGCUCCCACUCCCACUCCCACUCCCACUCUCAUCGGUCUCGCUCUCCCGACCCCAGCCGCCACAAGCGCCGCCGCGAUGAUUCACCCGUCGCCGACGAAAAGGAGGACAAGAAGCCAGACCCUCCCGCUGUCCCCAAGGGUGUCGAGGAGGCGGCCGCUGCGGGCAACGGGGACAUGGACGCUGAGGAGCUCGAGAUGAUGAAGAUGAUGGGGAUCCCCGUCGGGUUCGACUCCACCAAGGGAAAGUACGUUCCCGGUGCCGACGUCAGUGGCGUGCGUGCCGUUACCAAGCGGCAGCCUCGACAGUACAUGAACCGCCGGGGUGGGUUCAACCGUCCCCUGCCGCCUGAGGUCAAUCGCUGAAGUUGGGAAUAUGUAUUUAAGCUUUAAUCGACUUUGAAUUUAGCAAUUGCUUUCUUGGAGAUUGCUACUCGGUUUGAAUUGUAUCGAAAAUCAUGAACUGCAUCUCUGUUUAUUAUGUGGGGAAUCCAACAUGCUGUAUCUGAAUUUAGAAUCAUAUCCCGAGCAAAUAGAGAUAUUUACUUUGAGAAAUUAUUAGGCAGCUUUUUGAA